UCGCCCGAACUGCAGGGAGCCGUACCUGACCCACACACUGGGCGGCAGUUAUUUGUCCACUAGCAGCCGGGAGAUCAUGCGCCUAGAGGAGAAUCUAGAGCGGGUGGCAUCCUGCCUUGCUGCCAUCCGCCGGAUGUGGCCCGACCUACCGCAGACGACCCUCGAUCUCGCAAAGAUUGCUUUCAAUAGGGAUAUCGGCAAAGCAGUACUAGAGAGCUACUCUCGGGUGCUUGAGGGAGCGGCGUCCAACAUCCGUGCCCGUCUGCGGGACGUGCUCCAUGCAGACCAUCUAUUCCAGAACCCCCAGCUCUUCCCCCUCCACGACCCGCCCUGCGAGCCGCGCCCGCAGCACCUGCGCCACCCCACCUUCUCCCUCCUCAUGCCCGACACCGUCUUUGACGCGGUUUCUGUGUCCGGGGGUAGUGAAUCUUCAGCGAGUAUUCGCAGCUUUGAGUCCAGCAGGAGCGGGAGCAGCGGGAAGGGCGUGCGGCAUUUCCGGGGGGCGAGUUUGGCAUCGGAUUCAGGGGCUGGUAGUCCCGGUGGGGGGGCAGGUGGAGGGAACGGAGGGUCAGGUGGAAAGUCAGGUGGUGGGAGAUGGGACACCAAGCCGCCCAGGAGCCCCGAGUUGCGGAAUUCGUCUGGUAUGAGCCGACUGGGAGUGAGCGGGGGAGGAGGGGGGGGGUCGAUGGGAGGGGGAGGAGGGAGCGGGAGCGGGAGCGGGAAUGGUGGAGGGUCGAGUUUCCGGGAUCGGUUUCGAAGUGCCACCCUUGCAGCCCCCACGACUAGCUCCGCCGCUGCCAGUGCUGCUGCUGCUGGGUCCGGGGGGAUGGGAUCCCAGUCAAUGCCGGGAAACGAACCUAAGCAGCAGCAGCAGCAGCCGUACCUGCGGCGAACGGGGUCGUUUCAGCCGAGCACGCAGAUUCGAGGCGGGAUGAUGCGGACGGUGCGGCGGAGCCAGAGCGGGGGGUUAGAAGAGGAGGUGAUGCGGUUGAAACAGGAAGGGGGGGAUGCUCCAGGGUGUGAAUCGCCGGUCCUCACGAGAACCCCGGGGUUUGUUCUAGUGUCCGCAGCGCAAGGUGGCGGUGGGGGGUAUUUGUCGGCUCUGCCGCCACAGCCGCCGUCCCGAACCCGUUCAGCUAGUGGUGACUGGACAUGACAUGACAUGACAUGCCUUGCCAUGACAUGCCAUGACAGGGACAUGACAUGCCAUGACAGGGACAUGACAUGCCAUGACAGGGACAUGACAUGCCAUGACAGGGACAUCACAUGCCAUGACAGGGACAUCACAUGCCAUGACAGGGACAUGACAUGAACAUGACAAGAGUCACAUGAGAACCAGCCAGGCUGGUGGCGAUUUGCCCUGUUAACCAGCCGAGAGAUGCUCACAUUUACUACAAAAGCAGUAGGUGAGCUGGAUGGGUUUGUGCUUUGUCUUUAGAGAAGGCUUGUGAGGUUAGGGAGGGAGGUGGUGGUGCAUCACUUCCAAAAUUGUAACAAAAUAUUGUUAUCCAACUGUGUACGGUACUACGGACGGCACGAACAUGCCCAGUGCCCAGUGCCAAUUCAUCGCUCUCAGUUUAUCUAUC